UCGGCUCUUCUGUGCAGCAGAUCCUGCUCCUCGGUCCAGCUGUGUCCUCAUCACCUCAUCAUCUUCACCUCCUGUACUGUAUCCGCAGUCCCUGGUCAUCUCCUGUACUGUAUCCGCAGUCCCUGGUCAUCUCCUGUACUGUAUCCGCAGUCUCUGGUCAUCCCCUGUACCGUGUCCACAGUCUCUGGUCAUCUCCUGUACCGUGUCCGCAGUCUCUGGUCAUCUCCUGUACUGUAUCCGCAGUCCCUGGUCAUCUCCUGUACUGUAUCCGCAGUCUCUGGUCAUCCCCUGUACUAUGUCCGCAGUCUCUGGUCAUCUCCUGUACUGUGUCCGCAGUCUCUGGUCAUCCCCUGUACCGUGUCCGCAGUCUCUGGUCAUCUCUUGUACUGUGUCUGCAGUCUCUGGUCAUUCCCUGUACCGUGUCCGCAGUCUAUGGUCAUCCCCUGUACCGUGUCCGCAGUCUCUGGUCAUCUCCUGUACCGUGUCCGCAGUCUCCGGUCGUCUCCU